CGCAGCAGCAGCCAUGGCUUCCGACUCUUCUCCAGGCAACACCAACGACGGUCCUUCUUCUCCCGGCGAAAACGCUUCAAGCCCAAUCGGCAACACCUACUCUUCUCCAUCCUCCCUCCGCAGUCGCCGCCGAGCAAGAUCCUCCACCCCUUCUCAAUUCGCCACUCCUUCCCGCCUCGGAGCCUCAAACUCCACCCCUUCCGCCGCCAGAUCCAACCGAGGCAAUGUCCCAGCGACUCCCUCACACACCGACGAAGCGCCUCCCUCUUCCGAUGAUGGUGGAGAAGACGGCGCCGACGACACCACUCCGACUUUCGUCUGGGGAACCAACAUCAGCGUGCAAGAUGUCAAAUCCGCGAUUGAGAUGUUCGUUAAGCAUUUCAGGGAAGCUAAAGAGAGUAGUGACGACUUGUUUAGGGAAGGCAAGUAUAUGGCUUCCAUACGUAAGGUGAUUGAGAUUGAAGGAGAGUGGAUUGAUGUUGAUGCCUAUGAUGUGUUUGAUUAUGAUCCUGAUUUGUACAACAAGAUGGUGAGAUAUCCUUUGGAAGUCCUCGCUAUCUUUGAUAUUGUCUUGAUGGAUAUUGUUUCCUCCAUCAAUCGUUUGUUCGAGAAACAUGUUCAAGUUAGGAUUUUUAACCUCAGGACUUCUACUUCCAUGAGAAACCUCAACCCUUCUGAUAUUGAGAAGAUGAUCUCUUUGAAGGGGAUGAUCAUUCGGAGUAGCUCUAUCAUUCCCGAAAUCAGGGAAGCUGUGUUUAGAUGUCUCGUUUGUGGAUACUUCUCUGACCCUAUCAUCGUUGAUAGAGGGAAAAUAAGUGAGCCUCCUACUUGCUUGAAACAAGAGUGUCUUGCCAAGAACUCUAUGACAUUAGUGCACAACCGUUGCAGGUUUGCUGAUAAGCAGAUUGUAAGGCUUCAGGAAACGCCUGAUGAGAUUCCUGAAGGAGGAACACCUCACACUGUUAGCUUGUUGCUGCAUGAUAAGCUAGUUGAUAAUGGAAAGCCUGGUGAUAGAAUUGAGGUCACUGGAAUCUACAGAGCAAUGACCGUCCGAAUAGGGCCUGCUCACAGGACUGUGAAAUCUGUGUUUAAGACCUACAUCGAUUGCCUUCACAUAAAGAAAGCAAGUAAGACAAGAAUGGCCGCAGAGGAUCCUAUGGAUGUUGACAAUAGUCUUCGUAGAGUCGAUGAAGAUGUAGAGUUAGAUGAGGAAAAGCUGAAGAAGUUUGAAGAACUCUCUAAACAACCAGAUAUAUAUGAGAAGCUUGCUAGAUCACUAGCACCAAACAUCUGGGAGUUGGAUGAUGUAAAAAAGGGUCUUCUGUGCCAGCUUUUUGGAGGGAAUGCUUUGAACUUGGCAUCUGGUGCUAAUUUUCGUGGUGACAUCAACAUCUUACUUGUUGGUGACCCUGGUACAAGCAAGUCUCAGCUGCUUCAGUACAUUCAUAAACUUUCACCACGUGGCAUUUACACAAGUGGGAGAGGGAGCUCAGCUGUUGGUUUGACAGCUUAUGUUGCUAAAGAUCCUGAGACAGGAGAAACUGUUCUGGAGAGUGGAGCUCUUGUUCUUAGUGACCGUGGUAUCUGCUGUAUUGAUGAAUUUGACAAAAUGUCUGACAGUGCGAGGAGCAUGCUGCAUGAGGUUAUGGAACAGCAGACUGUUUCAAUAGCAAAGGCUGGUAUCAUUGCAUCUCUAAAUGCUAGGACCUCUGUGUUGGCAUGCGCAAAUCCUAGUGGCUCACGUUAUAAUCCGCGGCUUUCUGUUAUUGAGAAUAUUCACCUUCCUCCAACCUUGCUUUCUAGAUUCGAUUUAAUCUACUUGAUUCUUGACAAGCCUGAUGAGCAGACUGACCGAAGGCUUGCAAAGCAUAUAGUGGCACUACACUUUGAGAACGCAGAGAGUGCACAAGAGGAAGCUUUGGACAUCACUACACUGACAAGCUAUGUUAGCUAUGCUCGCAAGAACAUUCAUCCUAAACUAUCAGAUGAAGCCGCAGAGGAGUUGACCCGAGGUUAUGUUGAGCUUAGAAAAGCAGGGAAAUUUGCUGGUAGUAGCAAAAAGGUCAUAACAGCGACUCCUAGGCAAAUUGAAAGCCUGAUCAGACUUAGUGAGGCCUUGGCUCGAAUGCGCUUCUCUGAAUGGGUUGAAAAACAUGACGUGGAGGAGGCGUUUAGACUUCUGAGAGUUGCAAUGCAGCAAUCAGCAACCGAUCACGCCACUGGGACUAUUGACAUGGACCUAAUAAACACUGGAGUCUCCGCAAGUGAACGAAUGAGACGGGACAUCCUUGUGUCGUCAAUUCGAGAUAUAACUCUUGAGAAAAUGCAAAUUGGAGGAUCAGCAAUGCGCUUGUCAGAGCUACUUGAAGAACUGAAGAAGCAUGGAGGCAACAUAAACACCGAGAUUCACCUACAUGAUGUAAGAAAGGCAGUUGGAACCCUAGCCAGUGAAGGGUUUCUGGUGUCUGAAGGUGACAGAAUCAAGAGAAUAUAAUCUUCUUGCAGUUGGUGAGAAAAGCUUUAAUGUUUGCUGUGGUUGAGAGUUUGAUGAAUUGAGUAAGCCUAAUUAAUAGGGAAACUUAGCGACUGACGGGUCCAUGUGGCUCGGCCCAUUUUCUCACUAGUUGUUAAUCUGUACUGAGUUUCAACUUUAAAGACGAUCUAUCUUCAACGUUUCAUUUGGUGUCAGUUUCUUUUAGGUGUACCCCUUCAUCAAAAUUAUUAACAUGCAAAACAUACAUGUCUACUAAAGCAUCUAUAACGCCAAUCCUUUUUUUUAAUCUAAUGUAUAUUAAGCAUUUAAAU